CAAAAACAUUUGUGAGUAGUUAUCCAGCGGUCCUUCCUGACUGAUCUUAUUCCAUGACCUUGCCUUGCCUUGCCUUACGGAUUAUUCCCUCUUGCCUUCUCCUUGUCUGAUGGAUUGGAUUUUGGAUUUUGACUCUGUUUUCUGCCUCUGGUAUCAUGCCUCUGCCUGCUCCUUGUCUGACAUCUCUAUCCCUGGAUCUUGACCCUGUUUCUGUCCACGGAUUUACGUCCCAGCCAAGCCCCUGGUUUAUUCAACCUGAGCUGGCUUUCAAGCCUGCCUGGAUUCAUUGUCAAGGGGACAAUCAGCUCUGUGUUCCAGCCAAAGCUUCAGCUGAUUUCCCCUGAGGUUCUGGAUCACAUCUUCUGGGUUCUGCUCCUCUCUUCCCAAACUGAGAAGAAUGGGGAAACAUCACUUUACUGGGAAGGAUCCAGCUGGAGAGCUUUUACGCUGCGCAGAUCUCGGAGCAUCUCAGAUACAGGGAAAUAUUUAAGCGGUUUCUACUCUGAGGACUGAACAAUGAAGUACGGACCGGUGGUGCUCUCGGCUGGGCUUACAGGUUUACUCAGCUUCACCUUCCUUGCUUUGGCCAUCGGGACUGAUUAUUGGUACAUAAUCGAUGUUAAUAAACCCAACCACACGGGUCCAAAUGACCUGAGUUCACACUCUGGAUUGUGGACAAUCAUUGAAGGUUCAAAUAGGAGUUCAGUCAUCUCCUCUUUUACAGCAAAUAUGUCCAGCCUGUCAGAGACAGAAAGGCAACUUCUUGGCCUGCACAAAGUGGUGGUCAUCGUGCUCCCUCUUAGCCUGAUUCUGCUUGUGUUAGGAUGGAUCUUUGGACUUGUCAGCUCGUUGGCUUGCAGUCCCAAGUUGCUGGCUGCAUCGGCUUCCUACUUUCUCCUCUGUGGUCUUUUCACCCUUUCAGGGGUCAGCAUCUACAUCAAAUACUCCAAUCAGGCCAUGGAGGAGUUCCAGUGGAUUGUGUCUCCUGAAAAUCUUGUCUUCGUGCACGUCUCCUUUGGCUGGUCAUUACACUUGGCCUGGCUCUCCUACAGCCUGGAGGUGGCAACAGGUCUGCUGCUGUUGCUAGCUGCCAGAAUAACUCAAAUAAAGGGACAUUACGAUUCUGGUGUCGCCAUAGCCAUGCUGUAGUGACCAAAUGCAUUUUUCAGGGGAGUUUUAGGUAUUAGUGGUUAUUUUAUUUCUUAAUAGCAAUCAAGCUUGCAAGAAGCAAAGACAGUCAAGAGCCAAAACCACAAAAUAUAUUUAAGCUACUGUACCUUUAGCAGUCACACUCAGAAGCUGACUUUAGAUCAAAUUAUUGAACUGCCUUCAUCUAUUCAACACUAUUUUCCGUCCACUGACUUUGCCUAAUAUUGUUGAUGUGUUUACCAAAAAAAAGACAAAUAAGCUAACCAGGCAAAUGAAUGGAUAUUUGUUCUUCAAUGUAUUUAUGCAGUAUAUUUCAACAUUUUUGCCACUUAACUGAGUUUUCUUUUUAAGAGUUAUCUAGCUUGUAGGAGGCCAAGCAUGCCAAGAGGCAAAAGCACAAUAUGUAGUGCGAGCUAGUUUUAGCAGACACACAAAGAAGCUGACAUCAAAUUAUACAUCUGAGCUUCUUUAAUUAUAUUUCUGCAGACUGAUUUUUCUAUAGUUAUUUUCUGAAUGGCUUUACCGAACUGAAAAAAACCCCAACCUAUCCUAAUUAAUACAGUGUGGCAGUAUAUUUUUCCUUGAAUGCAUUUGUUUAGCCUUGUUCCCAAUGUAGUGGUAUGAAAAAUUUGCCAAUUUACAGAUGGCUUCUGUUAUUGUUUUUAUUUUGUCAGACCUACAUGUUUCAUAUCAUAUAACAAAUUGUAAUAUCAGACAAAGAUAACCUGAGCAAAUAAAAAAAGCAGUGUUUCUAAACAA